GAUUUAGUGUAAGAUGUAAAUGUUCAAGACUAUCUGUGGAGAAAACAUCGAAUGAUAAAGCUAAUGGUGAAAUUCAAACGGGUUGCUGACUGUAAUGAGUGCCGCUGAGAGGGGGGGGGGGAUUUUGGGCUUGGGAGUGAUGGGACCCCAGAUUGAUGGGACCUCAGAUGAAAGGGACCCCCCCCCCCCAAAGUCCCUUAAAUUUUCUUGAUACAAGAUUGCUUAACCAAUAAUAUAAAUCCUAGCUGUGUCAGUGCUGGAUAAAUGAUAAUGCAAUAAAGUGCAAUAUAUUAUAAAACACUGCUUCUCCUGUUUUACAAUUAUGACAUAGGGACCCGUGGGAAAGUUUUUCCCUGUACCCCACACAACCUCUCGGUGUCCCGGACUGUUACCACCACCAAGUUCAACAAUCAGAUGGAAAUCUUCAUAGCUGGGGCUACUGUAUACAUUUUGUACCCAUACCAACACAAGAAGGAAUAAGUGUUUUUCAAAAUGAAGGUGAUAUUGCAUAAUUAUUAAGAGGACAAGACUGAACUCUAUCAAGAACUCCCAUCAAGAACCCCCAUCAAGAACACUGUAAUUCAAACAAAAUGUUUUUGGCACAAAUGUUCUGAAACAAUAAUUGCCAGGCAUUAUCGAGAAGAUGUUCUUGUUUUAAAUAAUAACAUAAACAUGCAUGCAAAACAUCUGACAUGCAGCAUACAAACAGGAUGCUAUAUGACAAUGUCAUAGCUACUGUGCCUUACCAUAGAUCCUCUAGCUAUUGAUAUGGGGGGGGGGGGUGUAAUACAUUUCAGUUUUAGAAAGGUGGGUGAGGCCGUGGGGACUUACAUCUAUUUUAGAGGGGGGAAACUAGGAGAUUUAUGGCAGAUGAAAUAAUUGAAGGUUGUUGCCUAGUCAACAUUUGAUUUCACUAUUGUAUGCUGGAUACACUUCUUACUAGAAUAUCAUGGUAUAAAAUAAUAUAAUGUACAAUGUCAGCUAGUGUUAAUAAUUUAAUUAAUGUCAUGAUAAUGACUAUAUACCUCAUGCUACUAUGUAUCAGCUUACAGUAUGAAAGUUUUCCAAUACUAAAAUAAAACUUUGCAUGCAUAUACAAAAAUUUAUCUAGCUUGAAAGUUCGAUAAUUUUAUACAACAAUCAUGCUAUGUGAAAUGACAUACAAUGUUAAUAUAAAGAUUUAUAUUCAGAUAUCUGGUUAUAGAUUACAAACAAUUGUAUAUAGUAAAAUAAAUGUACAAAUAAAAAUAAAGUUAUGAAGCCGUCUUGAAUAAUAGCGCAUCAAUAAAAAUAUUAACAGUAAAUUGUAGUUAUGGUUUCAAAUCUCUUGACUUUCUUUGCCGGGGACGAAUAUUCGAUCAGAUCUGAUAAAUAAAUAUUAAAUACAUAGUCAGCAUAUAAAUCCAAUGCAAUAGAAUCCCAGCAUAGAAUUUCUGACCAAAAUUACUAUUUAACAACAGUUAAAACCCAAGGAUAAACAAAACAUUUACCUGAAUAUAAUAGACAUCGUAGCAGACAACAACACAUGUCGAUUUGAUCACAGCGUGCUGCACUGAAUAUCGCACAAACGCACUUUUAGGGCAGCUUUGUUGGCAUAAUAUUCUUUCCGUGUUCUCUUCUUGUUUUAUAUGUUUCAAUAAUUUACUAAUAGGUGGGUGGAUUUGAUUUCAUAAAAGUCGCAAAUUUGUUGUAACCUUUUCGAAUUCUAUAUAAAUAUUUUACAUUCACUCCUCAUCACCUCAUGUGGAAAUGGAAUAUAAACAUCGCGUGUGUAUAUCGCCAAUUAUGGGACUGGAAACGAGAGGUUCAUUUCCGGUGGAGUCCCCUGUAAACAAACGCCGGGCACAUGCGCAGAAGGGACUUAUCCCCCUCUUUAAUAUCUAAUAUAGACGAACACGUGGCUGAAAGAAUAAAGAAGCGUAGGAGAAACUUCCACAAUCAAGCCAUCAGAAAAUGUGAGAGAUGCACUAGUAAGGAAAAAGUUGAGGAGUCAGGAUACACAGUAUGCACCAACUGUGGUCAGGUUAUGGAUGCACACCUCUCUGACUACGUCGGCUAUGAGUACAACAAGGACGACUAUCUAAAGCAAAGAAGUAAGCACUGUAGGGUAAGGUGGUUCAACAGACUCAUGAGGACUUACGUACACAGCUCCCACUGGCAGCUGGUCUCACACAACUUCCAGGAGAUAGUAAGGUGUAUUGAAAGAAAUAAUUUAUUAGCGGGUAGGAAUAUGGUAAAGUAUAGCUUCUACUUGGUAAGGAUUUGCAGUAAGAAUGGUGUGAAAACCUGCAGAACACCAAUUCCUGACCUGAAAACAUCAAAAUCCCUAGACAAUCUAGAAGACAGACUAUUCGGUGUGGUCUACCCAGAACUAGGUUGGUCAGACUCAGGGUGCGCCUACUACGAAAAGUGGAAAAUGAGAAAAGUAAAAAAAAAACAUACAGGCAGAAAAAACUUCCGACUUAAAGAGAAAAAUCCUAAGUAAAAGUAUAGUGGAAAAUGAUGACUAGUAAAAAUGCUGAGUCAGCGUUUUUUCCCGUAAGCGAAAAAAAUGACCUUGACUUAAAGAGAAAAAUCCUAAGUAAAAGUAUAGUGGAAAAAAUGUCAGACAAUACGCGAACCAACCAGGAGCGGGACGAGGUCAUAGCUGGACUGACAGAGGAGGUUGGGGCACUGAAAGCUGAACUGAAAUACUGCAGGAAUAAGUCGGAUAACCUGGAGAAGAUAGUUAGUGGAGAAGCACCGCCCAUCCCACUAAAGAGGCACAACUUCAGAGUAAAGAAGGAACCGAACUCAGAGAAGACAGUUAGCGGUGAAGCACCACCCCUCCCACCGAAGAAACCCGAUGAAGAAGCUAGAAAAACCGUGAAGGAAGUUGUUGAACACUAUGAGAACAUUUCCAACGGCGACAAGGCAACGGUGAAUCGGUUGAAAACAGCCCUCAAGGGAAGUACCAAGUCCUUCUGGAUCGGUAUAGUCAACAACGACCCCCAGUGGCAAAUGAUUGGAACAAGGGAGGUAAUGGAAGACCUAAUCCUACAGCAGCUGCUAGAGCUUGGCGGACUUAAGUUCUCUGAAGUGUUGAAGGUUAAAAUGGUAAAGGGAAUGGCGUCCGACUCCAACAAAGAAGAAGGGGUUUUCUUCUUCAACUCCUACACAUCAACGAUAACUGAAGACAGAGCAGUACCUGAGAGCGUCAGGAAGAACACUGAGGUGAUAGUUGCUAGAAUCUCUAACUUUCAGGAAAGAGGAAGCAACUGGCGGGUAGGGACCCUUGAUAAGCCACUAUGUAAACGUAACGAAAUACUCACCUCUCAGUGGGAAGUCAUACAUUAAGCUUGACACCAAACUCAACAACUCAAGGAAGGGUCUGGUCAACAUCAAGAACAACGACAAUGAGUGUUUCAGAUGGUGUCACGUAAGACACCUUAACCCUCAGGAAAAGGACCCACAGAGAAUAAAGAAAAGCGACAGAAAGCUGGUGAAGAGUCUCGACUACAGUGGUGUAACUUUUCCAGUUGGAACCAAAGACAUACUGAAAAUAGAGAGACAGAAUAGGAUAAGGGUGUCAGUGUUUGGAUACUCCGACUCAAGACAGUUCUUCACCAUACACGUGUCGACUGAGAAGUUCGACGACCACAUGGAACUCCUAAUGAUAUCUAAUGAGACAACAAACCACUAUGUACUAAUAAAGGACUUCAACAGGAUGAUGUUCAGUGUAAGCAAAAACAGGUGUAAGAAACACUUCUGCAUGUACUGCCUCCAGUCGUUCACAACUGAGGAUAUACUCAACAAGCACACUGAAAUCUGUAUGGAUGUGAAUGGAAAACAAACGGUAACCAUGCCUGGGAUAAACUCAUUCAUAAAAUUCAAGAACUUCCACAGGCAGCUGCCAGUUCCAUUUACAAUAUAUGCCGAUUUCGAGGCUAUCCUGGAAAAGGUCAACGGAGAAAGCCCAGACGAGCUUGAAUCAUACACUCAUAAGUACCACAACCACACAUGUUGCGGCUAUGGGUAUAAGGUUGUGUGUCACUUCGAUGACAGUUACUCUAAACCCUACAAGCACCACAGGGGAAAGGACUCAAUCAACCACUUCAUAAAAAGUAUGCUGGAAGAGUCGAGACUCUGCAGGGAAGUGAUAAAAGGAGUCUUCAAUGUAGAGAUGAAAUUAUCGAAAGAAGACCUGAUAAACUUCGAGAAGGCAGACAAGUGUUCCAUCUGUGGGGUUGAGUAUAAGGAUGAAGACAUAAAAGUAAGAGACCACUGCCACGCAACAGGCAAAUACAGAGGGUCAGCACACAAAGCCUGCAAUUUAAACUUCAGGAUGGUUGAGAAAGUACCGGUUGUGUUCCACAAUCUCAGAGGUUAUGAUAGCCACCUGAUAAUGCAGGAAAUAGGUAAGUUCGAUAUGAGGAUAAGUGUUAUCCCCAACAACACGGAGAAGUACAUGGCUUUCACAUUGGGGAGAAACUUGGUCUUCAUAGAUUCAUUCCAAUUCAUGGAUAGAAGUCUGGCUAACCUUGCUAGCUACCUACCAGACAACCUCUUUCACCAUGUCUCAAAAGAGUUCAUGGGAAAGGAACUAAAGUUAGCAAAGCAGAAGGGAGUUUACCCAUAUGAGUACAUGGACUCAUUUGAAAAAUUCGAGGAGGAAAAACUUCCUGAAAAGUCAGACUUCCAUAGUACCAUGAACAACUCAGACAUCAGCGACGAAGACUACGAAAGAGCAAAAACAGUGUGGAAAGUGUUUGGAAUGAAGAACAUGGGUGACUACCACGAUCUGUAUCUGAAGACUGAUGUUCUGAUACUAGCUGAUGUGUUUGAGAACUUCAGGAAAGAAUGCCUUGAACACUAUAAGUUGGACCCAUGCCACUACUUCUCAUCCCCAGGUCUUAGCUGGGACUCAAUGUUAAAAAUGACCGGAGUAAAACUGGAGCUAAUGUCAGACGUUGACAUGUUUCAGUUCAUAGAGAGAGGAAUGAGGGGUGGAGUGUCAUACAUUGCCCACAGACACUCAGAAGCAAACAACAAACAUAUGAGUGACUACGAUGAGGAAAAGUCGAACAAGCAUAUAAUCUACCUGGACGCCAACAACUUGUAUGGCUGGGCUAUGAGUCAGAACUUACCAACCGGUGGAUUCAGGUGGAUAACACUGAGGAAUAAGGAGAGGCUAGACCAUGAAAAGGUACCAGACAACACAGGCCUAAUACUUGAGGUCGACCUUGAGUAUCCGAAGGAACUUCACGACCUCCACAAUGGGUACCCACUAGCACCAGAAAGAAUGAUGAUAGAGGACAGCAUGCUAUCGGGGUACUGUAGGGAGGUGAAGGAGAAAUUCAACCUGACGUCUGGGAACAUCCACAAACUAAUCACAAACUUGAAUGGAAAGAAAAACUAUGUGGUUCACUACAAGAACCUGAUGUUAUACAAGAAGCUCGGACUCAAAGUCACUAAGAUACACAAGGCGUUGAAAUUCAAUCAGUCGCCCUGGUUGAAGGAGUACAUUGACUUUAAUACCAACAUGAGGAAGGAGUCAAAGAACGACUUCGAAAAGAACUUCUUCAAACUAAUGAAUAACUCGGUAUUCGGAAAGACGAUGGAAAAUCUUAGGAAAAGAGUAGACAUACAACUCGUUAGCAACCCUAAGAGGUUGGUAAAAAUAUCCUCAAAACCAACCUUUGUUAGCACUAAGAUAUUCAAUGAGAACCUGGCCGCAGUUAGAAGAAUAAAAGAGAACUUGACCCUAAACAAACCAGCUUACGUUGGAAUGUGUAUAUUAGACCUGUCAAAAACCCUGAUGUAUGACUUCCACUACAACUUCAUCAAGAAGAGAUAUGAUGAAAGAGCCAGGUUACUAUUCACCGACACCGACAGUCUAAUGUAUGAAAUAAAGACAGACGACAUCUAUGAGGAUCUCUUCGAGAGUAAAGAAAUGUUUGAUAAUAGUGACUACCCUAAAGAGUCAAAAUUCUAUUUCAGUGAAAACAAAAAAGCAAUAGGAAAAAUGAAGGACGAGGCAGCUGGAGUACCAAUAACAGAAUUCGUUGGACUGAGAAGUAAAAUGUACAGCUACACUAAGGAAGGUGGGGGUGGUGGAAAACUGCGAAGGGUGUGAAGAAAUCAGUAGUAGAACACAAUAUUGAACACAAGAACUACAGGGACGUUUUGAAAGGUGGAACUCAACUACAUCAUAAAAUGCAGACCAUUAGAAGUGUUGGGCACAAACUAGGAUCAUACGAGAUAAACAAGGUGUCACUGAGUUGCUACGACGACAAAAGAUAUAUUUUACCUGACGGAGUCGAGAGUCUGGCGUAUGGUCACUGGAGAAUAGCUGAGAUUGAAGGGGGAGAGUAAGAACAACGGUGACGUUCGUGGUAUAUAUAAUACUGCCUCCAAGCCUGACUAUAGAACUAGAAAAUCAACUUGUAGAGCUUGGGGGUACGGGCGCAUUCUCUAGAGGGUCGUAGUCGGGUGAUUCUAGUCAAUAGUAGUGUACAAAAUGGGGGUACCAGCGCAUUCUGGCCCCUCAAAAAAAAAAUCUCGAUUCAAGAGCAGUUUUCAGACGGAUGUAAGUGGGUGUUUAGACGGUUGUAAGUGGGUGACUCGAAGAGGUGAUUCGAGUUAGUAAAUUGUGAACAAGCCUCGAAACCAAGACUAGAAAAUCAACUUGUAGAGACUGGGGGUACGAGCGCAUUCUGAAAUUCUCAUGAUUUUCUCGAAGAAAUUUUCAUUUUUAUGGUUCAGGAUUCGAAGAAUGAGCUGGAAAUUGGUGGUUGAAUCACUGGGGAAGGAUAUGUUUACCACCAUAUUGGAUGAUACAAUACCAGCGCAUUUUGCGAAACUGAAAAAGUAG